UCCAGGCUUUACUACAGGGCUGACACUAUGACAUCUAAAAUGAAGCGCACAUACAACUACCCAGCCCUCUCCUCCAAACUACAACAUCACCUCAACAUGCAAAGAAAAACGGGACAAUUUUGUGACGUCACGUUGAAACUCCCGGACGCAGAGUUCCACGUGCACCGGUGUGUGUUCGCCACCUUCUCUCCGUACUUUGCAUCACUACCUAACGCGGGAACCAGAGCCAUUGUUGAACUCACGACUCUCACGAAGGCGGGGGUUGAACCCCUUGUUGAGAUGAUGUACACAUCCAAGUUAACGCUAACAGAGGACAAUAUCUAUUACGUUUCGUACGCAGCCGGGUACUUUCACAUCGACGAAACAGCACAGAACUGUCAAAACUUCCUCAGGGAAUUACAGGGGAAACAGUUGAGUCGAGAAAAGGGUGAUGGAACUAGUGAUAAUCAGACUCUGGUUAGGGUUAGGGGUUCAAGUUCGUCUGAGGACCUUGGCGGUGGCGAUGUUGUGUUCUCCCCAACAACGCACGGUCAGGAAGAAGUCACAACGACUCAAGAAAGUUCGGACACUCCUGACGUUAUUGUGAAGGAGGAGCCAACAGAUCCGCCUCACCCAGUAACAGUCUGGAACAUUGACGACAACCAAAGGGACAGUGGUUACGUCGACGCACCACAGAACCUACAAGCACACAGCUACCCACAACUUCAGCACAGUAGUCCUCUCAUGACAUCAUCACCCAACACAUACCUCCUACCAAGUCAGGACAGCACUCUACACUACCAGAGCUCCAUGGAGUGGCAUGUGGAUGGUAACACAGCUCUGUCUAACGCAAACCAAACUGGCGAGUUUGCAUUCAGCGAUAACCAAGGCUCACAGGAACUGUUCAACUGCACGGUGUGCCCGCUGUCGUUUACGAAGCUGUCUACUUUAAAGCGCCACCUGUCGACUCACGCGGGACAGCAGCCUUACCAGUGCAGCAUCUGCUCCACAAGGUUCCGCCGGAUUUCCUACCUGAAGAACCACAUGAUCAUCCACACGGGGGAGAAGCCCUUUAAGUGUAACGUCUGUGGCUCCAAGUUCUCCCAGCGGGCGACGUUGUUCCGCCACCGCGCCGUGCACAACAAGGAACGGCCGCACCAGUGUUCGGUGUGCUCCCUGAAGUUCAACCAGCGAUCCAGUCUCGUACGCCACAUGCUGUCCCAUAAUGUAGAGAAACCGUUCUCCUGUACCCAUUGUCAGGACAGUUUCACCAGUGAAGAAACUUUGAAAGAACAUAUCAUUAAAGUCCAUAUCGGGGACUUUUCCUUUGAAGUCAACCCAGCAGAACAAACCCAAAGUUUCAACAGCCAAGAUCAGGUCCCAUCUACUAGUCAUGAAAACACUUUAACAAGUUGAAGAAAAAAUGAAUCUUGGAUAUGGAUGUUGAUAAUGUCAAGUAGAAUUUAGAAUGUUGUUUCCUAGUUAAUUUUUUUUUGUUGUUGUUAGGUAAUUUCUUAAAUCUAAAUUGUAUGGUUUGAAUUUUAGCCCUGAAUAUCUGUGUGAAUGUGAGUUUUCAUCUGAUGACAGUUCACAGAUACUUUUUAGUGUGACUUGUCAUCAACAUGUUGCAGUACGUUUCUAUCUGUAGGAUCUUGUUUUUGAACUGAAGGGCAUAUGUUGUACUAAGUAUUUUGUAGGGCUCCUAUUGCAAUGGUGCCCCCUGUCGGGCCUCUUUUGCAUUGCAAGCAGGAAAACCUGCAGGCUUUGUGAGAAAGUGUAAUGUUGGCCCAGUAAAAACUGCUGAUGUUGGAGUACUAAUAUAUAAAUAGUUUCUGAAACUUUCUUUUUCUUGAAUGUCAACACCAUACA